AUGGCUGGCAACAUUUUGCUUCUUACUUUGCUUGCCAUUUCUGUUCCUUUGAAAAUGACUGUGGCCUACGAACCUAGUCCUCUGCAAGAUUUUUGUGUUGCAGACACUACAAGCCCAGCCAAUACAUCUAAUAGAUUUGGGUCUAGCCCAACCCCUGUCACGGUGGCCCAAGUGCCAGGGCUGAACACUCUAGGAGUCUCCAUGGCCCGUAUUGACUACGCACCAGGCGGCAUCGUCCCUCCCCACCUCCACCCUCGUGCCACCGAAAUCCUGACCGUGGCAGAGGGCACCCUGGACGUUGGUUUUGUCACCUCCAAUCCCGAAAACCGCCUCAUCUCCAAAGUUCUUCAGAAAGGCGAUGUGUUCGUAUUUCCAGUAGGUCUCGUUCACUAUAUGCGAAACGUUGGCCCCAUCCCCGCCGUCUCCAUCUCCGGCCUGAGCAGUCAAAAUCCUGGACUUAUCACCGUCCCCGGUGCUGUGUUUGGAUCAAAUCCAGAAAUGCCUGCUGAUUUUCUUGCCAAGUCCUUCCAAGUUGACCAAAAAGUUGUUGACUACCUUCAAAACAUAUUUUAG